UUGUGUACACUCGUUUAUUAAUUCAUGCCUCCGAGAAUUUGAUCGAGAGGCGACGCGUAACUAACAUGGAUCGAAUCGCACGCGUGUUUCUCUGCCUCGUAAUUAUAACGACAUUCAAAGCGAGUGCCAGAGAGGAUCCAAGACUCUGCAUCAAGGAUGGCUGCCUAAUCGGAUUGACGGAAAUUUCGCGUCUCGGUAGAGAGUAUUACUCCUUUCUCGGUAUCCCUUUCGCCAAACCACCGGUUGACAAUCUCAGAUUCAAGCCACCGGAAAAACCGGAGCCUUGGGAUACUCUGGAGGCCAAACGGGAUGGAAAAAUUUGUCCACAGUCAAUAAUCUAUAGGAGACCAAACGAUCCGGAAUCCAGCGAGGACUGCUUGUAUUUGAACGUCUAUUCGCCCAAGAUUCCUGCCGGAGAAUCAAAGACAGGCGAAGCCCUUCCAGUAAUGGUCAUCUUUCACUCGGGAGGAUUUCAGUACUGGUCUGGUACCAGGGAUCACUUUCCUGGAAAUUAUCUACUGGACCAUGACGUCGUCGUCGUUUCUGCCAAUUAUCGUCUCAACGUCUUUGGUUUCCUCAGUACAGAGGACGAAGUCUCGCCGGGAAAUUACGGGCUCAAGGAUCAACGACGGGUCCUGGAAUGGAUCCAGGAAAACAUCGCAGCCUUCGGAGGCGAUCCGAUGACUGUUACAAUCCAGGGUCAAGACGCGGGAGCAGCUUCGGUGCAUUUUCACAUGAUGAGCUCUUCGUCGAGGGGCCUCUUUCACCGCGCCAUUGCUCAAUCUGGAAGUGCCAUGGCUCCUUGGGCAUUAUCGCUACCGGGCGAAGCUCGCGAGCAUGCAAAUUACCUCGGCAAGCACAUGAAAUGUCCCAGAGAGAAUUCCUCGGUGCUUGUCAACUGUCUGCGGCUUCAAUCAGUCGAGGAUUUGAUCGCGGCGGAUCCGAUAUUCUUUGUGUGGCACAUCGACCCUCUGAUACCCUGGAAGCCGGCGGUGGAACCGGAACACGAAGGCGCCUUCCUGACCCAAAGACCCAAGCAGCUGUUGGAGAGUGGAGAUUUUAUUGACGUUCCUUUUCUCACCGGUGUCACUUCUCACGAAGGCCUCUUCAGAGCUGCGGGGAUCAUAAACUACGACCCUACUUUGGUGAACUGGAACGCCCUUCCCAUCAGGUCCUACACGUCAGCGUUGAAUCUUUAUCACCUUCCGAUCGAGGAGCUGAAAGACGCCAUCACGAGACUGAGAGAAUUCUACUUCAAGUCCGAUAAUGUGAAGAUCGAGCAUGAGGAACAGUUCGUAAACAUGUUCUCCGAUCGAUACUUCUUUCACCCAAUGGCCAAGGCUCUCGAAUUACAGCGACGACACCAGGAAAGUCCAAUUUUUGCCUAUCGCUUCGGUACCGAGAAUCCGGGUGUCACUUUCGCGAGAUAUUUUUCCUUCUUGUCGGAGGAUGACACCGAGUACAAAGGAUUGUGUCACGGGGACGAGAUGAUCUACCUUUACCCUCUGGAGAAAACGUUCUUCAAGGAAUUCGCCCACACCGAUGAGGGGAGUGCGAUGAUCGACAGAACUUUAGAGCUGUGGAUAAACUUCGCCAUUCACGGUAAUCCAACUCCGGAAGGUUACGACGUAGCUUGGAAUCCCGUCAAGUCCGAGGACAUCGAAUACCUAUCGAUCAACGGACCGAAAGAUCUAAAAAUGGAUCACAAGUUUUACAACGAGCGACUCGCACUCUGGGAGGAACUUAAUCUUGAACGCGAAAUACCCGAGGAUGCAGAUUUCCUUCUUCACGACGAGCUGUGAAUUUUUUUCCUGCCGCACACCGAGUUCUAAUACAGAGAUUGCAUCGUUUAAUUAAUUCAUCACGCAGAUACGGUCGCCGAGUUGGCGAUAAUUUUGCGUGUGUCAGAAUCAGAGCGAAAGUCAAUUAUGCGACUGUAUGAAUUUCCUCCUUCUGUAUUUCAUCACAAAAAAUUAAGCACGUUAUCAAAGAUAACGUUAAUCGAUACGUUGAUCCCCUUCGCCUGCAGGUGUUGAAUGUGUUUUUAGAAAAAUUUAAAUAACAUUCCUCCGUGUUUUCUUCAGUGUAUCUUAUAGCAAUCUUCAUUUUCUAUCACGUAGAAUCGAAUUCUGUUGGUGAAAAUAGUUUUUUACAUUUUACACGUCUUUCUAAAAUAUAAAAUGCGGAGGGGAAUUUAAUUCUGAUCAAUAAAGUUGUGGUCGUAUUAUUCAAAGGUGUAACUGUUAUCGGGUUUCACGAUGCAGGACUCAAUUUAUCGCUUGGUUUACUGCCACUGCGGAGGGGUUUCUUUUAACUCGACGGGUUCAUUGUUGCAUUCGGAAAUUUGAUACAAUUGUUGGAUAGCACGGAUCGAUGAUGGUUUAAUUUUUUAGAACGAGGGGAAAAGUAAACUGUCGUGAGAUAUUGAUGUAGUUUUUCUAUACAAUUAUUGAAUACAAUACUCUCUGGUGAUUUAUGUAAUAUACGCAAAGUUUUAUAAAGUGAGCUUCUGUUUGGAGAUUAGGUGGUGUUUUAUAAUCCUUGACUUUCCACAGAUCAUUUAAUGUUAUCAGUUGAUUAGGUUAUUCUUCACCGAUUCGAUUGGUCAAGGAAUAAUAGAAUGAAUAUUCAAUUGCUAUAACAGUAACUAUAACACAUAUAUUUUUUUCAUCAUUAUUGUCUGUUGGAAUACGAGUAUAUUCUAUUUACAAUUCUCUAUCUAGAAGAAACGCCAAGAAAGUAAAUGACAAAAUCGAAUAAAUAAUCAUUAUACAGCUAGUUUACUUUGGAUGCGAUGAAUUUGUACUGGUAAAUAAUCCAAACACUGCAUGUGUGCGAAGAUGAUUAGCACGGAUUCAUCCUUUGGGAGUUUAAGAUUCAAAAUUCCGGUCUAUUACCAUAACGUAUAUAUGUAUAAGCGAUUUAGAUAACGAAUAAUUGUCCGCACCUUGAAUGGGCCUACAAUUUAC